GCACCGGGCGUUUUCUUGUUUGGCUUGCCGGCUUCGAGGCGGCGGCGGCCGCAUGUGCUGAUCCGACCUGCAGUUCGCAGCAUCCUGCGCGGAGUUCCUUUCGCUUCUGUUUUAUUUUCCUGUUCCACUCGUCGCCCGCUGCGGAUUGCUGGAAGCGGUGGAUACGAGUGCCGAGCCGUGCCGAGACUCCGACGCGCACACGGAACAAGCAACCUAGCUAAGCUCAUCUUCCGUCUGUGACAGGAACAGAUACCUGUUCCACAAUGGCGAGCUACGUCAUGGACUUUGUGGAACAACUCAAAUCGCACGCUGACCCCCGCACUAAGGACUUCCCUUUGAUCGGCAACCCGACGAUGGUGCUGACCCUCAUCGCCGGUUACCUGUACGUGGUCAAGGUGUGGGGGCCCCGGUACAUGGAAGACCGCAAGGCCUACGACCUCAAGCACAUCAUCAUGGCCUACAACGCCUGCAUGGUAAUGCUCAACACGUUCUUCUUCUACAAGUUUCUCUCGCACUCGUACCUGGGCGGCGGCUACAGCUGGAUUUGUCAAGGCAUCGACUUCCAAGACCCGGGUUCGAUCACCAUCGUGUCGUACUGCUGGUGGUACUUUAUGGUGCGUAUCCUGGACUUCGCCGACACGCUGUUCUUCCUGUUGCGCAAGAAGUACAGCCACAUCUCGUUCCUGCACGUCGUCCACCACAGCCUGGUCGUCUGGAACGGCUGGCUCUUCAUCACGUUCGGGGCCGACGGUCAGGGCAUCAUGGGCGUCUCCAUCAACUCGUUCAUCCACAUCGUCAUGUACACGUACUACUUCUUGUCCGCUCUGGGACCCUCCGUGCAGAAGUACCUGUGGUGGAAGAAGUACAUCACCACCAUGCAGAUUGUACAGUUCGCCGUCUUCAUCGGGUUUGUCUGCGUGCCCUUGUUCAAGGACUGCGGCUACCCGCGCUUCCUGACCUAUCUCGCCGCGUCCCAGUGCUUCUUCUUCUUGGUGCUCUUCGUCAACUUCUACAUUCACACCUACGUCAGGACCAGGAGGGGAGAGGUGCACUUCUUCUGCGGCAACUACGAAGCCACUUCGCAGGCGAAGGGAGACGAGCAAGGGACGAAGAACGGCACGAUCGUCAACGAAAGCGGCGCCGCCACGAACGGCAACGGUCACGUGAAUGGCCACCUAAACGGCUCUGGACUUAAGAAGAGGGAAGUCAAGAUACGCACCCACUAAAUCGCAGGAAAGGAAAAAAAAAGACGGCAGUGAAAGGCUCUUGGCGCAUGCAAGCGACGUCGCGAGCAUUAUUCAACGGACUCGGCGUCGUCGGGACUGACAGCGCGUGCCUUGCGGAACUGCAUUGUUGUCGUUGCGGUGUCAGUCAGCUGACCGGGAGCAUUUAUUUAUAUUCCAGUGUGUUUUUCGAAAAUGUGGCGCCCUGUCGUGCUUACUGUAGUGUCCGGAAACGAAUUGCACCUACAGCCAAUGGACGCUCGGAUGUUUUAGUUCGAGAGCGACGUGAGGCG